UUUAAAGCUUUUCCUUUUGGAUAUCGGAGUUAGAGUUAAUUUGGUGUCAAAAUAUCCUUUCAUUCUAUCAUUUAUUACAUAAUUUGUACACAAUUUAUACAUUUUUGUUAUAAUGUUUGCUUAUGUGAUGAGUGGUAAGAGUGUCGUAAAGCCGUCAAUAAUUGGCGACCAAUCGGUCCUUUUGAAGACCGUUUGGAAUUAUUCCAAAGAAUUACCGAAAAUUCAUAAGAGAUAUAACCACAAGAGUACCACUUCUAACAAAUCAUCACCAAAUGUCUUGAUUACAGGCAGUUUGGGACAGUUAGGCACUGGUCUCGCAAAACUCAUGAGACAGAAGUAUGGCGUGGAAAACGUGAUUAUGUCGGACAUAAUCAAAGCUCCCAAAGAGAUCCUACGGAGCGGACCAUUCAUUUACGCAGAUAUUCUUGACUUCAAGAAUCUGCAGGAGAUUGUUGUCAAUCACCGCAUCGAUUGGUUAAUACAUUUCAGUGCUUUACUCAGUUCUGUGGGAGAAUAUAACGUUCCCCUCGCCAUGAGAGUCAAUAUCGACGGAUUGCAUAAUGUGUUGGAAUUGUCGCGUCAGUACAAACUCAGACUCUUCGUGCCCUCAACUAUAGGCGCAUUUGGUCCACAAUCGCCCAGAAAUAUCCCAACGCCUGAUUUCUGUGUCCAAAGACCUCAAACUAUUUACGGCGUCUCCAAAGUUCACGCAGAACUCAUCGGAGAGGUAUAUAAAUGUGGAUUCAAUGAGUAUAUAUUCAAUCCCUAA